UACAACAAUGGCAAUGCUCGUUUAAUCCUCAACAACCUCACUCACUCUCAAAGAUUACCUCUUCAAACACAAGCAUGCACUUCUCAACUCCUCCACCGUUUCUCCACCACCACCAACCACCAUGAAAAACCCGAAACCAAAGAGGUUUCCGUCUCCGAUUCCGCCAAGAAACCGCGGUCCGUUUCCCCUCGCAGGCGCCGUCGAAGGUCACUUUGGUCGUCGGAAAACACUAAUCAGAACCUACCUCCUUUAACUCUUAUUCACCAUCAAUAUGUCCCUAUUGAUAUAUUUGUUUCAAAGAAAAAUUUCAUGGGAUUAGGGAAUGCGAUCGUGGAAGCGGCUACAAACAUGAACAGAUUACUCGAAAACUUAUCACCAUCACGUCUAAUAAGGCGAUUCAAAGAGAAAGACGAAAGCUACACCAUCAAGUUUCAGAUGCCCGGGUUGUCGAAAGAUGAUGUGAAGAUCACAGUUGAAGAUGGGAUGUUGUUCAUUCGAGGCGAGCAUAAGGACGAGGAAGAAGGUUCUGAUGACGAUGAAUUUUGGUCGGCUGCCACCUAUGGGUACUAUAACACUAGUCUCAUGCUGCCGGAAGAUGCGAAAGUGGAGGAGAUUAAGGCGGAGAUGAAGGAUGGAGUGUUGCAUGUUGUUAUACCAAAAGAUGAGACCAAGAAGAAGCAAAUUAAGGAGGUUCAUGUUGGUUAGUUUUUAUAAAAGUGUGUGAUGUCUCAUGGAUGUGUUAUCAAAUUGAAAGUUUAAUAAAAUGUUGCGACUUAAAAGUGA